UCAUUAAAUUCACAGUAGCGAGGCAAAAAAGGUUGGAGAAGUUCUCCGUGUUUUGUUCUAAUGAAUGAUUACUGAAGAGGAGCGAGGCAGCGAGAGGCGAUCCUUGGACGACGACGUUGUAGUUGGAAGCAAGCGGCGCCCGUGAUCCAUCGGAAGAUGGCCUAAAUCUGCGAUCUUUGGAUGCGAGGUCGAGGGAUGGGAGAUCUCCGGGAAAUUAGCUUCGAUCUGGCCCAGGGAAGUGACACUAAGGACUGAAUUUUGGAUUUUAUUGUUGUCGCUUCUGAAAAAAAAGGGGUUUUUUUUUGGGGGGAUAGGAUUUUUAAUUUGCUCCCCGGACUUAAAUCGUGAUUUAUUCCUUUUGGAGUUGUAAAAACUGCUUCCCUGCGAAGUAAUCGCCUCGUUAUCUUUGCGAUUCUUGAUGAAUUGCCUGCUUAAUUAGUUCCUUUCGAAUAUCUAUUUUACUAUGAUGUGAAGCAUCUCCCACAGCAUUUGAUUUGAGAUUUAACUACCCAUGAGAAAGAAAACAGAAAAUGUGGAAUCCUAAUUCAAGUAUAUUAUACUUUCAGUUGCUUCCUGGUGAUUUGAGUUCCCUCUAGAUUAUCUACUAAUGGGUGAAGCUGAAGAGACUAAUGGGAUAUAAACAGCAGAUAAGGCAACAAAUUUUACUACAUUGAGAAUUCAGGUGUUUCUAUUGAUGGAUUCAAAAGCAGCGUCGAAGCCCUUUUUGAAACAACAAAGCAAUCAAAUCAGUGGCCAAGUUGUUGAAAAAUCUUCCUUGCAGUUGCCUGCUCCAAGCAGGUUCGUAUUUGAUACAUCAAGAUUGUCACAAUUAUCUGUGACACAGAGCAUUCCGGAGCACAAACUUGCGGAAUUUAUCGAGCAUGAAAGUUUGAGUCAGCAAGAGAAAGUGCCUGCUAACUUUUCAAUCCAGCAGGGUGAUAGUGUUGAGCUGCUUCAGCCAAAUGGGGCAGUGAAGUUGGAGAUUAUGGAAUGCGAUGGAAAGAUCUCGGAGCAGGACAGUGAGAAAGGUUGUUCAUCUUGUGCUAAAGUUAGUGAUGGCACUGGUGGUCCAGCAAAGACCAGUGGCAGUGCAAAAAUAAGUGACCGAACCGAUAGCGGCAAAAGUAGUAUGUGCAGAGCUAGUACAAGCAGUGAAGUUAGCGAUGAUAGCACUUGUAACAGCAUAAGCAGAAGCAUUAGCAAGCCUCACAAAGCAAAUGAUUUGAGAUGGGAAGCAAUUCAGUCUAUUAGGGCUAAAGAUGGGGUUGUUGGUUUGAACCAUUUCAGGCUACUGAAGAAGUUGGGUUGUGGGGACAUAGGCAGUGUUUAUUUGUCGAAGUUGAGUGGAAUCAAGUGUUAUUUCGCAAUGAAGGUCAUGGAUAAAGUAUCUUUAGCAAGUCGUAAGAAGUUGCUCCGAGCCCAGACUGAAAGGGAGAUAUUGCAAUGCCUAGAUCACCCAUUCCUUCCGACGCUGUAUACUCAUUUUGAGACCGACAAGUUCUCCUGUUUGGUAAUGGAGUUUUGUCCCGGAGGGGAUCUGCACACUCUUCGACAGAAGCAACCUGGAAAGUAUUUCUCAGAGGAAGCAGCCAAAUUUUAUGUGUCUGAGGUCCUCCUUGCUCUAGAAUACAUGCACAUGUUGGGUAUUAUCUACCGGGAUCUGAAGCCAGAGAAUGUCCUUGUACGAGAAGACGGCCACAUCAUGCUCUCGGACUUUGACCUUUCUCUUCAUUGUGCUGUUAGCCCCACCCUUAUCAAGCCGUCCAACAUCUCUGAGUCCUCCAGACAUAACAACCCUGUCUACUGUGCUCAACCUGCUUGUAUCGAGCCAUCCUGUGUCCAGCCUUCGUGUGUUGCUCUCUCCCCUCGACUAUUUUCCUCAAAGUCCAAGAAGGUGCAGAAGCAGAAACUUGAGAUCGGAAACCAAUCAAACACACUCCCUGAGCUCCUUGCGGAGCCUACAGAUGCCAAAUCCAUGUCAUUUGUCGGUACCCAUGAGUACUUGGCUCCGGAGAUCAUUAAGGGCGAAGGGCAUGGCAGCGCUGUAGAUUGGUGGACAUUGGGCAUAUUCCUCUAUGAACUUUUGUUUGGCCGGACACCCUUCAAGGGGUCAGGCAACCGAGCCACAUUGUUUAACGUGGUCGGGCAACCACUGCGGUUCACUGAGUACCCAAUUGUUAGCUUUGCUGCAAGAGACCUUAUUAGGGGAUUGCUCGUCAAGGAACCACAACACCGUCUUGCUUACAAACGCGGUGCUACGGAGAUAAAGCAGCAUCCCUUCUUCGAGGGCAUCAACUGGGCCUUGAUAAGGUGUGCAAGCCCUCCGGAGAUACCGAAAACCUUUGAGAUUGGUCAGACACUCCAAGAUUCUGUAUCGUCGGCGAGCCAAAAGGACAUUCCGACAUCCAAUAAGUACCUGGAGUUUGAUGUAUUCUAAUGGAUUUCCUGUUUGAAGCAAAAUGUAGAGUCUCCGAUGGCCUUGUUGAUCUUAGCAUUGUCUUUGCAUUGCUAGUGUUGUUUCAAAUUUAAGUAUAAUGCGGUAUCGAAAUGUAUCUUUGGGUGGUUUCUAAUGAUCAAGUGGAGCAAUUUUCAAA